CUGCUGGAUUCCCGCUCGGUGAUGGGAGACCUGCCAUGGGUGGCCUACCCUAAGAAUGGAUGGGAGGAGAUCGGCGAAGUGGACGAGGACUACGCCCCCAUCCACACCUACCAAGUGUGCCGGGUGAUGGAGCAGAACCAGAACAACUGGCUGCACACCAACUGGAUCCUGACCGAGGGCGCCCAGCGGGUCUUCAUCGAGCUCAAGUUCACCCUGAGGGACUGCAACAGCCUGCCCGGGGGGGUGGGCACCUGCAAGGAGACCUUCAACAUGUACUACUACGAAACCAACGGGGACGAGGAGGAGAUGGAGGAGGGGGAGAUGAGGGACGGGACGGGCAUGACGGAGGAGGAGGACCGGCUGAUGAAGGAGAGCAGAUACAUCAAGAUUGACACCAUCGCCGCCGACGAGAGCUUCACGGAGCUGGACCUGGGGGACCGCGUGAUGAAGCUCAACACCGAGGUGCGCGAUCUGGGCCCCUUAACGCGGAAGGGCUUCUACCUGGCCUUUCAGGACCUGGGCGCCUGCAUCGCCCUGGUGUCGGUGCGGGUGUUCUACAAGCGCUGCCCGUUUCUGGUGAAGAGUCUGGCCGAGUUCCCCGACACCAUCCCGGGCUCGGAGGCCUCGCAGCUGGUGGAGGUCGUGGGCCGCUGCGUCAACAACUCCCUGCCUUUGUACGAGCCUCCCAGGAUGCAUUGCAGCACGGAGGGAGAGUGGCUGGUGCCUAUUGGGAAGUGCGUGUGCCAGCCGGGGUUCGAGGAACUCAGCGGAUCCUGUCAAGUGUGCAAGUUGGGGUUCUACCGCUCGCUGCUGGAGUCGGCGUCCUGCAGUAAGUGUCCUCCGCACAGCGUGGCCCGGCAGCCGGGAGCCACCGCCUGCAGCUGUGAGGACGGAUUCUACAAGAUCGACUCGGACCCCCCCAACAUGGCCUGCACGCGUCCUCCUUCUCCCCCCCGCAACGCCAUCUCCAACGUCAACGAGACCAGCGUCUUCCUGGAGUGGUCGGCUCCCACGGAGGCGGGCGGCAGGAAGGACGUGCGCUACAACAUCCUGUGCCAGCAGGUGCUGCCGGAGGGGCGGGGCUCGGAGGAGUGCGGCGCCAACGUGCGCUUCCUGCCGCGCGGCCUCGGCCUCUCCAACACCUCGGUGAUGGUGGCCGACCUGCAGUCGCACACCAACUACAGCUUCCUGCUGGAGGCCGUGAAUGGGGUGUCGGAGCUGGCCAAGGACCACGCCAAGCAGUACGUGUCCCUGAACGUGACGACCAAUCAGGCAGCCCCCUCCCCAGUGAGUGUGAUAAGGAAAGGUCACACCGAGAAGAGCAGCAUCGCCCUUUCUUGGGCAGAGCCGGAUCGUCCCAACGGCAUCAUCCUGGAGUACGAGAUCAAGUACUUUGAAAAGGAGCAGGACUCCAGUUACACGAUAAUAAAAUCCAAAGAGACGGAGAUGGUGGUGGACGGUCUGAAGCCGUCUUCAGUUUACAUCUUCCAGGUGCGAGCCAGGACCUCAGCGGGUUAUGGCGCAUUCAGCCGGCGGUUUGAAUUCCAGACCAGCCCUUACUCUAUAACUGCCACCAGUGAGCGAGCUCAGGCCUCCAUAAUAGCGGUGGCCAUUACGCUGGCACUGGUCCUCCUGGCAGUGGUCGCUGGAUUCCUGCUGAGCGGACGGCGAUGUGGCUACAGCAAAGCAAAGCAGGACCCUGAGGAGGAGAAGAUGCACUUCCACAACGGCCACAUUAAGUUCCCCGGGGUGCGCACCUACAUUGACCCGCUCACCUACGAGGAUCCCAACCAGGCGGUGCACGAGUUCACCCAGGAGAUCGACGUCUCCUUCAUCUCCAUAGAGAGGAUCAUCGGAGCCGGGGAGUUUGGGGAGGUGUGCAGCGGCCCACUGAGGCUGCCCGGCAAGAGGGAGAUCCAGGUUGCCAUCAAGACCUUGAAAGCCGGAUACACGGAGCAGCAGAGGCGCGACUUCCUCUGGGAGGCGUCCAUCAUGGGCCAGUUCAACCAUCCCAACAUCAUCCGGCUGGAGGGCGUCGUCACCAAAAGCAAACCGGUGAUGAUUAUCACAGAAUACAUGGAGAAUGGAUCUCUGGACACAUUCCUUAAGAAAAAUGACAGUCAGUUCACUGUGAUCCAGUUGGUGGGGAUGCUGCGCGGCAUCGCGUCUGGCAUGAGGUACCUGUCCGACAUGGGCUACGUCCACCGGGACCUGGCAGCUCGUAACAUCCUGGUGAACAGCAACCUCGUGUCUAAAGUGUCCGAUUUCGGUUUGUCCCGAGUCCUGGAGGACGACCCGGAGGCUGCGUACACCACACGGGGCGGCAAGAUUCCUAUUCGCUGGACGGCUCCCGAGGCCAUCGCUUACAGGAAGUUCACCUCGGCCAGCGACGUGUGGAGCUACGGCGUGGUGAUGUGGGAGGUGAUGUCAUACGGGGAGAGGCCGUACUGGGAGAUGUCCAAUCAAGAUGUAAUAAAAGCAAUAGAGGAGAGCUAUAGGUUGCCAGGUCCUAUGGACUGCCCCGAGGCUCUGUACCACCUAAUGAUGGACUGCUGGCAGCGAGACCGCAGCAGCCGGCCCAAGUUCGACGAGAUCGUCUGUCUACUGGACAAACUCAUCCGCAACCCCAGCUCAUUAAAGAAGCUGGUCAACUCGUCGCACAGGGUUUCCAACCUGUUGGUGGAGCACGCCAACGUCCAGGGGGACUGCAGCGCCGGCAGCCAGACCGUGGGGGAGUGGCUGGACUCCAUCAAGAUGGGUCGUUACACGGAGCUCUUCAUGGGAGGAGGUUACUCUACACUGGAGACGGUGGCUCAGAUGACGUCAGAGGAUCUGCGGCGGGUGGGCGUGAACCUGGCCGGCCAUCAGAAGAAGAUCAUCACGAGCAUCCAGGAGAUGAGAGUCCAUAUGAACAGCACCAGCUCCACUGUCAACAUGUGAUGCACAUGUACAGGCAACCCGCACGCAGACACACACACACGUAUACAUUCACAAUAUAUGGACCUAGUGUGUGAGGAGAAGACUCGGACUCGCUGUUGGACCUAGAGCAGCUUAGCACUUUCUACGGACCAGGACUCCCAGUGGUGAUGGAUUGAAAACUGGAGGACCCACAUCUUGACUUUUGGUUUUUGUGAGUGGAGUUUGCUUGUGGUGUCACCGGUGGGGGGGGGGGGAUAUUUGACAUUGCAGCGCUUAAACCAAACUGGACCGAACUGAGUGGUGCUACUCGGAGGGAAGACGCCGGUGGGACGAAUGGACCGAACUGACCUACACUCCAGAGAAGACUUUUUCCAUUUGUGUGAAUCUUGGGGAUUCUGAAAUCUCGUGCACUGUUUGGAUCUCCUCAGAUCGGACAUGAAGCAUGAGACUGUAGAUCUGGCUCUGAGGACAACCAGCACUUUUUCUUUUUUGGGGGGGGGGGGGCUGUAUCACAAACAUUCAUGCAGCCUGUCUCGGGUGAACUGAGCCCAACGGAUCUGAAUAGCACUCGCUUCUUCUUCUUCUUCUUCUGACAGUUUUUCUAUGGACGUACAGUUCCAUCAUUCUCAGGCAGUGACAACAUGUAACAAUGGAUCAGCAACAAAUUGGUUCGGUCUUUGUUUCCCUUUCAUUUGCAGCUGUAAUCCAGCUGUGCGAGGUCCAGACUCAUAAUCAGCUUUAUGUUAUUCAUUACCCUCCCAAGAAAAGAAAAAAUGCAUUAGAUAUCGUUCAUGGUUUAAAGAAGCUGGGAUUUCAAGUGAAGAAGAAAGAGGGUAAAGAGAUGCAAGGUUUUUAGAUGUGCUUCUCUCUCCAUGUGUUCUUCUGGCUGAAUGUAUAGCACUACACACAACUCGUUCAGUUGCAGCAUCAAUGUCAUGUAAACGCUGUUCAACACGGGUGGAACGUGGCAAUCGAACCAUUCUGCUCCUUAAAACCAGCUCCUGAAUGAAGCCGCAGAUUGUACGAGAGAUUCAUCGGAAUCCU